GGAGGGGGAGGCGGCGGCGGCGAGAAGAUGGCGACUUCGAACAAUCCGCGGAAAUUCAGCGAGAAGAUCGCGCUGCACAACCAGAAGCAGGCGGAGGAGACGGCCGCCUUCGAGGAGGUCAUGAAGGACCUGAGCCUGACGCGGGCCGCACGGCUCCAGCUCCAGAAGUCACAGUACCUGCAGCUGGGCCCAAGCCGUGGCCAGUACUACGGCGGGUCCCUGCCCAACGUGAACCAGAUCGGGAGUGGCACCGUGGAUCUGCCCUUCCAGCCCAGCGGAUUUCUGGGGGAGGCCCUGGCAGCGGCUCCUGUCUCUCUGACACCCUUCCAGUCCUCGGGACUGGACACCAGCCGGACUACCCGGCACCAUGGGCUGGUGGACAGAGUGUAUCGGGAGCGCGGCCGGCUUGGCUCCCCGCACCGCCGGCCCCUGUCAGUGGACAAACACGGACGGCAGGCGGACAGCUGCCCCUAUGGUGCUGUGUACCUCUCGCCGCCCGCGGACACCAGCUGGAGAAGGACCAAUUCUGACUCUGCCCUGCACCAGAGCACAAUGACGCCCGCCCAGCCAGAGCCCUUUAUGGGCGGGUCCCAGGAUGCACACCAGAAGAGAGUCUUACUAUUAACAGUCCCAGGAAUGGAGGAGACCACGUCAGAGACAGACAAGAAUCUCUCCAAGCAAGCAUGGGACACCAAGAAGACAGGGUCCAGGCCCAAGUCCUGCGAGGUCCCUGGAAUCAACAUCUUUCCAUCUGCCGACCAGGAGAACACUACAGCCCUGAUCCCCGCCACCCACAACACAGGGGGCUCCCUGCCUGACCUGACCAACAUCCACUUCCCCUCCCCCCUCCCAACCCCGCUGGACCCUGAGGAGCCCACCUUCCCUGCGCUCAGCAGCUCCAGCAGUACCGGCAACCUCGCGGCCAACCUGACACACCUGGGCAUUGGUGGCGCUGGCCAGGGGAUGAGCACGCCGGGGUCCUCACCCCAGCACUGCCCGGCCGGUGUCAGCCCACUCUCCCUGAGCACGGAGGCCAGACUGCAGCAGGCCCAGCAGGUGUCACCCACCCUUUCUCAGCUGUCACCCAUCUCUCAGGCUGUGGCCAUGGACGCCUUGUCUCUGGACCAGCAGCUGCCCUAUACCUUCUUCACCCAGACGGGCUCCCAGCAACCGCCACCACCACAGCCCCAGCCUCCCCAACCACCACCGCCUGCGUCCCAGCAGCAGCCACCCCCACCGUCCCCGCAGGUGCCCGUCGGCCUCCCCCCGGGUGGCCCCCUGAUGCCAAGCGCCAGCCUGACACGGGGGCCCCAGCUGCCCCCACUUGCGGUCACGGUACCGUCCUCUCUCCCCCAGUCCCCCCCAGAGAACCCGGGCCAGCCACCGAUGGGGAUCGACAUUGCCUCGGCGCCAGCUCUGCAGCAGUACCGCACCAGCGCCGGCUCCCCGGCCAACCAGUCUCCCACCUCGCCUGUCUCCAAUCAAGGCUUCUCCCCUGGGAGUUCCCCACAACACUCCUCCACCCUGGGCGGCGUGUUUGGGGACGCGUACUAUGAGCAGCAGAUGGCAGCCAGGCAGGCCAAUGCUCUGUCCCACCAGCUGGAGCAGUUCAGCAUGCUGGAGGGCGCCAUCAGCUCCAGCAGCCUGUACAGCCCGGGCUCGACGCUCAGCUACUCUCAGGCGGCCAUGAUGGGCCUCGCGGGCAGCCCCGGGAGCCUGCCGGACACACAGCAGCUUGGCUACGCCAGCCACGGCAGCAUCCCCAACAUCAUCCUCACAGUGACAGGAGAGUCCCCUCCCAGCCUCUCUAAAGAACUGACCAGCACACUGGCUGGGGUCGGAGAUGUCAGCUUCGACUCGGACAACCAGUUCCCCCUGGAUGAACUCAAGAUUGACCCCCUGACCCUGGAUGGACUGCACAUGCUUAACGACCCUGACAUGGUCCUGGCCGACCCGGCCACUGAGGACACCUUCCGGAUGGACCGUCUGUGAGUGGCACGCCAGGUACACCGCCGCCCAGCCACCGGCUCCACUACUCAACCGGUCAGUGGUUCCAACGGCAUCUCCCUGAGCCCUGGGACGGCCACACUGCGUCCAUCGCCGACGGCCGAGCUUGUGAUUCUGAGCUUGCAAUGCCGCCAAGCGCCCCUGCCCACCCACCCCUGGCUGUCCACCUCCUGAGGGAGGCCACGCAUGGCCCCCCGAGGACUCCCACUGCGCACGCGCUCUUGCCCUCUCGCCCUGGGCUGCCAGCUGUCCAGUUGGAUGCGAAGCCCGUCGGGCAGAGCCGCUGGUCCGGGGUGGGGGGAGGUGGAGCGCCAUGUGGCAGUGGUGGGCUGAGGGGCACUGUCCGACUGUUGUCCAGCUCUCACUGCCUUCCUCCCUCCCAGGCCCCCUCCCUGCCAUCCCCAGCCCAUGGGUAGGUAGAGAGCCAGCCCCACCUGCCGAGGGGAAAAGGUGCCAGAGAGAGGGGCGGACACAAAGCAAAAUAAACACUAUUUUGACUGCUGUCUUUUAUAUUUCUGAGCACACAUAUAGUGCUAGAGCCCGCCCCUCCGGGGUGGGAUGCAAAGGUGUGAACUGAGCAUGCCAAGCAGCUGAAUCUUCCUGGGGCCCACACCCCGGCCUCACCACCCCAGCCCUGUCCCCUGGGACCAUCUUUGCCCUGAACCCCCCGGCCGGGGCUCAGAGACGCAUGCCGAGGCAGGGGUGCCUUUGGGGGGUCUCACAACUCGUUUUCAUCUUCUCUGUACUGUGGUCACCAUUAUUUAAAGAAUGGGGUGGGGAGGGAGUGGCUAGGGCAUUUUUAUUGUGUUUUUUUGUUUGUUUCUUUGGUUCGUAUUUACAUUUUGGUCAUAGACAAUGUGUAGCUGACUCCUUCAAGCCAACACUUGCCUGAGAGCAUGUUUUUAUUCCAGAAAUCCUACAUUACCUAUUUUUUAAGCUAACUGGAAGCAGUCUGCCUGCCUGCCCAGGUCUGGGCUGCGUCUCAGCUCUUUUAUUUAGGCCCCUAGUUAUCUCAAAAUGGCACGGGCCUUGCAGAGACUCUGGCAGAAGCUCAGGCGGCUCUGCCCCAGCUGAGUAAGACUCCAGGAUAGGAGCCGCGGCUUCUCUUAAGGGCCUCUUGAAGACCUGGCUCUGCGCAGCCAUCCCGAAGGUGCGGGGGCAUCCCAGACCCUCAGGCUGUCCUCUGGCCGCCACCCUGAGACCCAACCAAGAUUUGUCCCCUUGGGGCAUGUCUUUGCUGUCUCCACCGGGUAGGCCUGGCUUUGUAGGCAAAGGGCAGUGGGGGCUUUAGCUGUGGCUUUCCAGGUGCUUCUGAAGUGCCUCCAGAGGCCGAGGUGACUGUCCGGGCUUGUCCUGCAGGCUAGGGGCCACCUGGGGGCUUCGUCUCGCGUUGGCUACUUUGGAAUGGAACCUUUAUUUCAAACCGCGUCUCCACCUCCCGCUCGCUCCUCUGCCUGCCAGCAGGCACCCCCUGCUUGGUGCAUUUCUCUGGUGUCUCAGCCACCACCUCCACCAGGGUCUUGGGAGCCUCUGCUUCAUCUGUGGGAGCCAGAUACGAUCCUAGCGAGUCUCUUCAUCUUGUCCCCUGGCCAGGCUGUUAGCAGGUGGCCAAGUGACGGGACAGCCACAGGUGUGAGAAGCGCCCCUGUUCAGUCACUUGGCCCCCCUGCCAUCGCCUGGGCUGGAGGGUACAGUGCCAUCCAUCCAGGCUCAGGGCCAUCCUCUUACUGUGGUGGGGGCUGGGGGCAGAGAGUGGGACUUUUUUUUUUCAAAGAAAAACUAUGUGUACAUAGAAGAGUUUGAUUACCAUUAUACCUGUAUGUAGAACUUUUAAAAAAAUGGCCUUAAUAAAAUUAUAAGCAACCUUCCUGGAUGCAAUUUUCAAACAAGGCGUUGAGCACCCCAUGAGGGAGUCUGCCCAGCGCCAGGUUCUGGGUGCAGAUGGGCAGGAGGCAGUGGCAUCAGGCUCCAAGGCCCGUUGCCAGUGUCCCUUGGCUAGGAGCACAGGUGACAUUGUAUUAGCACGAUGGCCUUGACCCAGGAGGGGCACAGGUGCCGAGCUUUCCUGGGGAGCAGGGCCCAGCCAGGAGCCAGCAGCCAGGGGUUCCAGGGUCCCCGAAGGGUUCACACCCCUGCUUAGGUCUGCAAAGGCCUCCUGGGGUGCGACAGAUUUUAUUUAUUUCUUGCAUAUCACUUCUCUACUAAAUAUUCUUAAAUUGCCAAGAUUUUCUGAAACAAGACAGCCUAAGGGAAUCAGUCUUUUGACUUGGUCACAUGAAAAUGCUGUGCGUUUAGGCGAGCUGCUCCGUGAGGAAUGGGCCGGGGCCCCCAGGCCGUGUAUAUAGACCCACAGCCUGCAGCCUCGGUCCUCGCCUGCUUGGAGCGGGCCUGGGCACUCAGCCCACGUGGGACCAGAGGCCAGGCUGUCCCCGAGUGCUCCCGGCUUCAGCUGAGCCCACUCAACUGCGUAAACCUGACCUUUGGGAGCACGAGCUGACUCAGCGUGGCCCCCGCCGGCCUCAGUUUACCUCAGAGGCCCCAGGGUGGUGAGUUUCUUACCCCUCGAGGUUCGUGGAGCCCGGGGUCUGCCCCUCUCCGUGUCUGCCUGAGAAGAGGGUUUAGGCCCCUGCUUCCCUGUCCCCUCUCCCCCCACCGCCUGUCACAGCGGCCAGGGUUGGUGUGGAAGGGAAGGGAUCCCACAGGGGUCAUGGCCCCUAUCAUAAGGACCCUACGUUGACCUUCCUCCCCACUGUCCCCACAUGCCCUGCUUCCUCUCAUCGUUUUUCUGGGUAGGAAGGAUGGAUACCAGGGCCCUGGGGAGGGGAUCCCUGAGCCCCUCAGUGGAAAGCUCGCGGACAGGCUGAUCCUUCAACAAAUUUCGGGCAGCAUCCAAAGCCCAGCCAGGCCCCUGUUGGCUUGCGCCCCGGUAGAAAUGGCCCUGGUCGGGUUGGCCCCGCUCCCACCCCCUCUGCAGCCCACAGGGCUCCCUCAAGCAUGUGUUUGUGGGCCUUUCCCUGGUGAGGCCUCCAUGCAGACCUCCUGCCCCCCCUGGGGGCCUCCGGGCCGCUGGCCUGCCCAGGGGGUGUGCUCUGGGGGCAGGGCCUGCCUUUGUAGUCUCCGUUUGCUGUUGUCUACGUGGUGUUUGGGGCUUGGAAGGAGGGUUCUGACAUAAUCUGUAUUUGGCUUGAUUUCUUUGGGCCCCCAGCUCCCAGGAGGACGCUCAGCUGGGCAAGCCCUGUUGUGAGGCCCAUGUGUCACAGGGCAUGGGCAAGGGCAGCCGUCUGCCUCUCGAGUGCUAUGAGACCCCCCGGUGGAGGGUGAGAGGCCCCGUGUUGGUCUAUCCAUCCAUCCUGCCAGGGGCAGAUGUCCAGUUUGGGGCUGCAGCCUGGUCAGGCAGGUGUAAGGCCCAUGGGGGUGGGGCUCAGGCAGCAGGGGUUGCCCCUGCAUCCAGCAUCCUGGGCAUGGCACACCUGUGAGCCGUCAUCUGCAGAGGGACUGCCUGGGAGCUGAGGGCACCUGGGAACAUUCCCCCCUUCCUAGACCUACAUCUCCACCAACCCUGACAUGUCUCAUAACCAAACAUCCUUCCAAACUCCCACCCACAAUUAGAUUGUGAGUUUUCUGCAUUUCCAAAGAAGGCGUUCCCACCCCCGGUACAGGCCUGGAGUAUCGGGGAGCCCUCCACCCCACCUCUGGCCCUGACAAAGCGGCAUCACCCUCACUGGGUCCUAACGGAGCCAAAGUCAGACACCGUGGGGCCUCAGUGAGGGGAUGGGGCAGGGCGACCCGAACGUCAAGGGUACCCAGCGACCCUGGUCCUGUUCUGUCACCCCUGCAGGUGGUGCCCUGGGUGAGGGAGCUGUGGUCACUGGAGCCCUCCCCAGGAGACCUGCCUGGGCAGGCUGAGCAGCCCAGAGUCCUUGUCUGCCCCUGCCCCCCGGGGAACACUGAGCCCCCUUCCUGGGGGUCUCUCAGGGUGUGGCUAGGGGUCCCUGGAAUGUUCCUCCAUCAGGCCCUGCCCAGGCUCCCCUCGGCCUCCAGGGGGUCUGGCUAGGUGGGAUCAGGGACUUCUCCGAACCCUGGGUGUGGCUCAGGCAACUGACCCCAGACACAGCUCCCCAACAACCCACAGCAGGGAAGUGGGGCGACGUGCAUCCCCAGGCCUGGUCGCUGGGAUACUCCUGAGGGCAUGGAGGAUGGGAACAAGACCCUUGGGCCUGGGCCUCAGUUUCCCUCUUGUCCCUGGAUCAGACCUGCGGGUGUCAGGGCCCCAGGCUCCUCCCGGGAUGGGCUGGGGGUGGGGGCUGGGUGGCAGGGAGAUGCCAGCCCCAGUUUCCUCUGCCUCCCAUGCUCCCCACAAGCCCCAGAGCCCUUUUCUGAGGAGGCAGGGCCGCGUGGCCACAUGGGGGUAAAGGUCUUGCAGAGACCUGGCGUUUGGGGGCAGCUGACGCCCAGCCCAUCCUAGCUGGUCACUUCUGGCCUCCUGCCCACGGGGACCAGGGGCCAAAGCUCUCCACCAGGCCAUGGGAAGGAGGGUUUUGUGAGCCAAGGUCCAGGGGCCUCGGCCGUGCCCUGCCUCUUGUAGGAGACUGCCCCUGCUCCAGGGGCUGGGCGCCACCACUUACAUAUGCAAAGCCGCCAGCCUGAGCCCUGCCCCGCCUGUGUCCCUUUGCCCCCAGGCUGGCUCUGCCCACCCCCCCAGCAUGUACACUCUGCUGUGGAUGUCCCGUGCGCCGUGGGUGUGGGCGCCCACGGCGGGUGGGGGCGGGCGGCUCAGGGUGCACUAGGCCAGCCCCUGCCCAUCCUCUCUGGUGUGGACCCUUGUGUCUUUGUAUCUUUGCAUCCUUUGUAAUGAAAUGUAAUAAAAAUCCAGUGUUUUUG